UUUAGUGUAACAAGCUUAGCCGAUCCUUGCCCUUUUCCGGCUGGUUCCAAAAAGAAGAGAUCUCGGGAAGAAAAAAAGCUUGAUGAAGGCGAGAGUUUCAGACCAGGGACUUAUCUAAGGUUGGAGGUCCGAGACAUUCCUUUCGAGAUUGUUGAGAAUUAUGUUCCUUAUCAUCCUAUUCUCGUUGAAGGUAUCAGUCCCGUGGAAGAGAAGAUUGGAUAUAUGCAGAAAGAUACAGCUGCUGUUGAUCUUACCAUGAAACAAGAAGAACCUCCAUAUGUUAUUGUUGUCCAUGGACCUCCCAAGGUUGGAAAGUCCCGGUUGAUUAGAUCACUAGUAAAGCGUUACACCAAGAAAAAUGUUAAUAAAUUAUACAUGCAAGGCCCAGUUACUAUCAUAUCAGGGAAGCAAAGACGGAUACAGUUUGUGGAGUGUCCGAAUAACAUUAAUGGUAUGCUUGAUGCUGCAAAAUAUGCUGACGCUGUCAUGUUGCUCAUUGAUGCAGAUACUGGUUUUCAAAUGGAAACAUUCGAGUUUGUGAAUAUUUUACGAGUUCAUGGCAUGCCGAAGGUCAUGGGGGUGCUGAUAUCUGAUGGAGCAAGACUAUUCUGCUUAUCUGGACUUGGAACUGGGAUGUAUCCUAAGCAUGAAAUUCUGGAUCUUGCAAGCUUCAUAUCGAUUAUGGAAUUUCAUCCUUUGUCAUGGCGAGCUGCACAACCUUAUGUGUUGGUAGACCGUUUUGAAGAUGUUACUCCGUCAGGCAGGUUGCUCAUCGAUUACAGAUGCACUAGGGACAUUGUUUUGUAUGGUUAUCUCCGAGGUUGUGAUAUCAAGAAAGGAGCUAAGGUGCACAUUGCUGGUGUUGGUGAUUUCCCUCUAUUUGGCAUAACAAGCUUUGUUGAUCCUUGCCCUUUAAAGUCCGCCCUCAAAAGGAAGAAAUCUCUGAAAGGAAAGGAGCAGGAUGGGUGUUCGAGUUUCAGACCAGGGACUUAUCUAAGAUUGGAGGUCCGAGACAUUCCUUUCGAGAUGGUUGGAGAUAUUAAUCCUGGUCAUCCGAUUCUCGUUGGAGGUAUCAGUCCCAGAGAAGAAAAUAUUGGAUAUAUGCAGGCAACACUUAAGCGACAUACUUGGCACAGGAAAUUGUUGAAGACAAGAGACCCUAUUAUAGUUUCCAUUGGUUGGAGGCGGUACCAGACGAGCCCUGUAUAUGCCAUGGAUGACAGUGGUGACCGGCUUCGAAUGCUCAAUUACACCCCCGUUGACAUGCAGUGCCUUGCAAUGUUUUGGGGCCCCCUUGCAUCACCCAACACUGGAGUUGUUGUUGUACAGGAUCUACCAGACAAAAGGGCAGCGUUUCGCAUUUUAGCAACUGGCGUUGUUGUUGAUUUUAACCAUGCUGCGAAGAUAUUAAAGAAAUGUAAGCGGUCUAGAAUACCUUGGAAGAUCUCUGGCAAGACUGCUCUUAUUAAGAACUUGUUUAAAUCAGAUGAUGAAAUUGAUAGGUUCAAAGAUGCAAAACUUUGGACAGAGAGCGGAAUUCAGGGGAAGGUUGAAAAGGCUGCAGAAAAAGUACGGAGAAGAAAGGAUGGUGUACUUAGAGUAGGGAUUGUGGAGUGCAAGUUUAAGCGCAGAAUUUGCAUGCAUGAUACAAUUUUCAUGCGCAUGUGGAAAGAAGUUAAAGUUCCUGGUUUCUUCAACCCAUUCAUACAAAUGACUGGGUUAUCACACAGGCCCGAUGAAUUCCCGAAAGGAGUGUUAUUCAAACAUGAAACUGAUGGAGAGUCGCCCACAGAACGACGUAUGGUGGCCUUUGUUGAGGGAGAGCCUAGCUUCCAAGACCUAACUAUUGCCAAGGAAUUUGAGUUGUAUCAUUGUAAUAAAGAGGAGCAGAAGGAAUUCAAGAGACAUCCAAUGCUGGUGAUGAUUCCAAAGGAAGAAGAGAUGUUAGAAAUACAUGAGAGAGGGGAGAUUACAAAGAAACACCAAACAAAGCCAUGGACUCCCGACUGUCCUGUAGACGACCGGGUCUUGAAUUGCGCAAUGAGUCUAUAUGGAAAAGUUCCAACUUAUUUUACCUUCUUCCGACCACGUAAUCAAAUUAAAUAUAAGAAUUAGAAUAUAUCCUAAUCUUAUAAUGUAUUUGCUCCAUGUUGUUUAGAAGUACUAGCUAAUUAUAUUUCAUAUUAAAAAGAGAUCUCUUGGAGUGCAUACAAUAAUCAAUUUGGUUAAUGUUA